AUGCCUGCUAGAAUAAUCGACAGAUAUGAUCAUGUCCCUGUGACCAAGGAAAGCCUCGACUGGGCCGAGCUGAUUACCCUGGACCUGAGUCAGUAUGACCAGCCUGGUGGCAAGGAAGACCUGGUCAGGCAGCUGGAACAUGCUGUUCGACACGUGGGCUUCUUCUACGUAAAGAACUUCAACAUCACCCAAGACGAAAUCGAUCGCCAGUUCGCUCUUGGUCGGGAGUUCUAUGCUCUCCCUCUCGAGGAAAAGCUCAAGUACCACAGCAGCAAGGAUCUUGAAGUUGGGGAGUACAACGGGUACAGACCGGCCGGUCACCGCGUACUUGGCAAUGGAAUCAAGGACAAUGUACAAGUCUACAAUAUCCCGAAGUUCGAUGGCUACCACACCAGACAACAACCACCGGUUGUUGCAGACAACAUCCAGGAAGUUGAAGCUUUCAGUCGGAAAUGCCACACAGAAGUAGUCGAGAAGCUCCUCCGCCUCUUCGCCAUUCUACUUGAACUUCCAGACGAGGACCAACUCGUCCGCGACCACCAGUACGACAUAAAAGGCGAAGACCAUCUUCGCUACAUGCACUAUGCCGCUCGAGGCGCUGAGGAGAACGAAAAGGUCGGCGAAAUGUAUAUUCCAGGCCACACGGAUCUGGGGACCGUGACUCUGCUCUUCCGCCAGCCUGUUGCAGCUCUGCAGAUUCUCAACUCGGAGGGCAACUGGAAAUGGGUGCGUCCCCAGGACGGAACCAUCACGAUCAACACCUGCGAUGCGUUGACAGCUCUCACGGGCGGAUUCAUCAAGUCGAGUAUCCACCGUGUUCAUGUGCCACCUGCUGAUCAAGCCCAUGUUGAUCGCUUGGGCGUGUUGUAUUUCGCGAGGCCCAACAACCACGUUGUUCUGGAUCCUAUCACGAACAGCCCUCUCCUCAACAGACUUGGACUCACACAGAAUGUCUUUACUGAGCUUGGUAAGCACUUGACCACUGAGCAAUGGGUCAAGGUCCGCCAGACACAGCAGCAGAGGCGCAAUAAAGAGGCGACGGUCUCCAAUGAUGGGAAGUUUACCUAUGGCUCCAAGGAUCUAGAGAUCAUCCCAGGGCUUCAGGCCAAGAUUUACAAUUAG